GCAAGGCCGGCGAGGGAUCUCCCCGCGGCGUGCCUGGAGGGCUGCUCGCUUGUGCUGGUGACGGCAGGAGUGCCGAGAAAGCCCAGCCAGAGCAAGAAGGACCUGAUGCAGGUGAAUGGUGGCAUCGCCAAGCUGGUUGUGGAGGCCUGCGCAAGGCGCUGCCCGGAGGCCAUUGUGGGCCUCAUCGUGAACCCGGUGAACUCGGUGGUGCCGGCCAUGGCGAGGCUCUACGAGAAGAAGGGCCUAGACCCGAAGAAGAUCCUCGGUGUGACCACCCUGGACGUAGUUCGAGCCAACAAGUUCGUGUACGAGGCCACAGGUGUGCCCGUGGACUCCAUCAAUGUGCCGGUGAUCGGGGGCCAUGCGGGGAAGUCGGUGCUGCCUCUCUUCUCACAGGACCGGCUCCGCGCCCUCAGCUUGGGCUCAGACGGCCCUUUCCGACCGCAAGUCGAGCCCAUCCGGAUCGCAGAGGCGCUCGAUAGGGCCAUGGAUGCCACGCUCGUGGUGGGCACCGUGGCGCUGGUGGCUUUCCUCUCCUUGCUCUGCACGCUCCUUGUCCGGUUCUUGCUGGGCCCCAAGUGGCACCUGGACGAGGACUUGGUGGAGGCAAAGCAGGGGGAGGCCUGCGCCAUUUGUUUGGAGCCGAUGAGUUCGGGCGCGCAGCUUAGCUGUGGACACGCCUUCCACCUUGCGUGCGUUCGCCAAUGGUGGACUCGGCUCGCCUUUCGGUGCCCCUUGUGCCGCCAGACUCACACGCAUGUGCCCGCGCGCCUUGCAGUGGGAAGCACACAGCCACGUGCAUCAGUGGCUUGUGUUAGGCUUGGUCACACUGUGAGAUCUGUGUAACCAUCGAGUGCCACCUUCUGCACAAGUCACAGCCCCAAGGGUGAGGCUUCGCACAACGAAGUUUGAGGUAUGGCCCUCACAGCCAUGCCUGCCGCGCAGCAUGGUCGCCAAUCAGCUUUUGAUUUCAACACAAUCGAAUGGUGCUCGCAAAGGCUUGGGCCUCCGAUUCCAUCGGUGUUUCCACAAAAACGCUAGGUUUCCUGUUGGU